AUGUCUUGCAGGUUGGCAGUAACAGUUACUAGUCUAUCGUUAUUCGUGGUAGCGAAGAACUCAAUAAAUGCCCGCCGCCUGGAGAACAUGAGAGCUAGGGAACGUAUGCGCAAAUCUAACGAAGGAGAAUAUCCAGACCUGUACAGGCGGUUAGAAGAAGAAAGCGAAAUGGCGUCACCGAUGCUGGACCCCGCUAAGCUGCAGCUCGUGCAGGAGUUGGAGAUCGAGAUGAUGUCAGACAUGUACAACCGUCUGGUGACUGCCUGUCACCGCAAAUGUAUUCCGGUUAAAUACCAAGAAACUGAACUUUGCAAAGGCGAGUCAGUUUGUUUAGAUCGCUGUGUCGCCAAAUAUUUGGAUGUUCACGAGCGCAUCGGUAAGAAGUUAUCGAAUAUGUCUCAAGGAGAAGGCGAGGACCUCACUAAAGUCAAUAUGGACACCAAGAAAUAG